AUGCCUUGAUGAAGCUCUCUCCCACCAUCUAGGGUUUCAGGUUUCGAAAAACCCAUAUCAUUCUUUUCUCUCCCUACACUCAACUCUUAACGUUUAUCCUUUUCCUUCUCAAUUUCAGCUUUUGAUAGGUUACAAGCUAGAAAGGCUUCAUCUUUCAGUUUGGCUUUGUCAAUGAUGGUUUUAUAUUUAUCUAGUGGGUGUCUGUGAGCGUGCGUGACAUAAGAGUGAGCUAAUUUCAUGGGGAAAUCAGGAGGUAGAAGAAAGAAGGGUAGUGGUGUUUCAAACCAAGUAUCAAGUGUUGAUAGUGGUAAUAUUUCAAAUCCAACGACGCUUCCAAAUGCUAAUGGCGGUGUCGAUUUUGACUCCUCAAUAUUUUUGAAAAGAGCCCAUGAGCUCAAGGAAGAAGGGAACAGGAGGUUCCAAAACAAGGAUUAUGCGGGUGCUCUUGAACAGUAUGAUAAUGCUCUUCGAUUAACUCCCAAAACCCAUCCUGAUCGUGCUGUCUUCCACAGCAACAGGGCUGCGUGCUUAAUGCAAAUGAAACCUAUUGAUUAUGAGACUGUUAUUUCUGAGUGUACUUUGGCACUCCAAGUACAGCCUCGGUUCGUAAGGGCUCUCCUUAGGAGGGCUCGUGCUUUUGAAGCGAUUGGGAAGUAUGACAUGGCGAUGCAGGAUGUUCAGGUAUUGUUAGGAGCUGAACCAGAACACCGAGAUGCUUUGGAGAUUGCCCGGAGAUUGAGAACUGCAUUCGGUCCUCGCCAAGAGGCUCAGCAGGACCUCCAAAGCCGCCCUUCUCCUGCUGCACUAGGGGCAUCUGCAGUCCGUGGUGCACCAAUUGCUGGCCUUGGGCCUUGUUUACCAGCCCGACCGGUCUCCAAGAAGGCAGCAACUCCACCUGGGUUAUUGGCUGUGUCAGCCACUAAUAAGCUGGAAAAGCCUCAAGUGAAUGUGGUCGGUGAAAAUGAUCCUGAGACCAAAACCCAGUUGUCAAAACUUGGGUUGAAGCCUUCAAGUGGUUCUUCCAAACUGGCCACAAAUCUGGCCAAGGAUAGCCAAGGAGAAGAAUCUUCAUCAGUCUCAUUGCCCAUUCGUGGUAAUGUUCUGGAGGUGGCAGUUCGAUGGAGACCAUUGAAACUUGUUUAUGAUCAUGACAUAAGGCUGGGACAGAUGCCAAUGAAUUGUACUUUUAAAGUGCUAAGGGAGAUUGUGAGCAAACGUUUUCCAUCUUCAAAGUCAGUUUUGAUCAAGUAUAAAGAUAAUGAUGGUGAUUUGGUGACUAUAACAUGUACAGCUGAACUCAGAUUGGCAGAGUCCUCUGCAGACAAUCUCUUGCACAAGGAGCCUCGCACGGAUAAAACUGAUACAACUGGCAUGUUAAGAUUACAUAUUGUUGAGGUGAGUGCUGAGCAGGAGCCUCCUUUGCUGGAAGAGGAGGAGGGGAAACCUCUUGAGACUGAAGGGAACAAGGGAGAGGAAAGUGUGUCUCAUUCGUCACUUGGUGAAUCUGUGAUGGAAGCAGCUGAUAGUGAAAUUGAUAAGGUAGAGAAAGAAGCUUCAAAAGAGAAAACAGGAGCUUCAGAAGAUCCAGAGAGCAAGGACGCAGAGAUGGAUGAUUGGUUGUUUGAAUUUGCUCAGCUUUUUCGGACCCAUGUUGGUAUUGACCCGGAUGCUCAUAUUGACUUGCAUGAGCUUGGGAUGGAGCUUUGUUCUGAGGCACUUGAGGAGACAGUGACAAGUGAGGAAGCUCAAAACCUCUUUGACAAGGCUGCCUUAAAGUUCCAGGAGGUGGCUGCUCUAGCUUUCUUCAACUGGGGAAACGUUCACAUGUGUGCGGCAAGGAAAAGGAUUCCCUUAGAUGAGUCUGCUGGAAGGGAGGUAGUGUCAGCACAACUUCAAGUGGCUUAUGACUGGGUGAAGGGGAAAUAUUCUUUGGCCAGAGAGAAGUAUGAGGAGGCACUCUUGAUCAAACCUGAUUUCUAUGAGGGGUUGCUAGCACUGGGUCAGCAGCAAUUUGAAAUGGCCAAACUUCAUUGGUCAUUUGCGCUUGCUAAGAAAAUAGAUCUCUCUAGCUGGGACUCUACAGAAACUCUUAAACUUUUUGACAGUGCAGAGGAGAAGAUGAAAGCAGCAACUGAGAUGUGGGAGAAGCUGGAGGAACUGAGAGCAAAUGAGCUAAAAGAUCCAAAUGCAAGCAAGAAGGAAGAAUUGUUGACAAGAAGGAAGAAACAAGGAAGUGUUGAAGGUGAUUCAUCUGGCAGUGGUGUUCAGGGUGAGAUUUCACUGGAAGAAGCAGCUGAACAAGCAGCAGUGAUGCGAUCACAGAUACAUCUCUUCUGGGGUAAUAUGCUUUUCGAGCGAUCCCAAGUUGAAUGCAAGUUGGGGAUGGAUGGUUGGAAGAAAAACCUUGAUACCGCAGUUGAACGAUUUAGGCUUGCUGGAGCAUCUGAGGCGGACAUGUCAAUGGUUUUGAAAAAUCACUGCUCCAAUGGAGGUGCAGUAGAAGGAGAUGAGAAAAAGGAUCAGAAUGCUAAUGCUGAUGCUGGAUCAGAAAAGAGCAAACAGGCUGAUAAAGUACGAGGGAAGUAAUAAGGACUGAUAUUUUUUUGUGUGCAUGGCAGCAAUGAGUUAAAUCCUUAUAUUCUUUUAAUAAUGAGUGAAAUGGUACAAGGAAGUGCUUUCUUCUCAGCUGAAAGGGUUGAACUGCAAGAAAUUUUCUUUUGGAAUUGAGAAUUUUGGUCGCAACAUUGAACAAUCAACAUUGGUAUAUUUGAGCGAUAUUGCUUUUUAAGGCGUCCGUGUUUGGUUCGAGGUGAUGUUUUUCUUUGGACAUACUAAUGAGUUUCUGAUAAACAGUUUUAUGUCCUUGGGAUUUUUGACAUUGUUGGUUCUUCUAAUUGUGUUAUAAUAAUACAAUUCUUGAUUUUUAUGGAAAUAACUUGUCUCAUUAUUUGAA